UUCAGCCUGUAGUGUUUUUUUUUUAUAACUCAGUAGACUGGUCAAAUAACUCCCAAAUCGAACGGCUGGCAACCAUUAAUAAAUACGGAAGAAACCCGAAAAAAAGUUCAUUUCCAAUUCUCAAAUUUCAAUAAUAGACAUUUUUGUGAAAUGGCCAGUGAAGCUGAUAAGAACGCUCCAGCUGGCGAGGCCCAACCAGACAACAUCCUAAUCGAGCAGCCAAUCGAAAUCAGCUCGGAUUCUGACAGCGAUGACAGCGGCAGUGUCCGUGCAGAAUCGAGUUCAGAGAGCAAUGUUAACAUUGUUAACUCGCUGAGCGACAGCGACAGUGAUUUGCAGUCGCAAGAAGAAGACACGCUGGAGGAUGAUUUUGCUGUGCAACUGGCCAUGCCGGGAAAAAAUUACAAACAGUUCAUGGAACUGUGCGUGACAGCAUUCGAAUUGAAUGUCUUUGAGAAGAUUGAGAUGGCCAUCACAGAGUUCGAUCAGCAUUUCGUUAUACCGCCGCAUAUCUGGCUCAAAUAUCUUAAGGCCCUAAAGGUGGUCACCCAAACACCAGCGGAGUGCGCAGUCUUUCAUAGUAAAUGCGCCAGAGCCCUAUCCAGUCGCUAUGAUGAACCACUUGCUGAGUUUGUUGUGAAGAGUUUGCUUGAGGAGCAACUGGUGGAGCAGCAUUUGAUGUGGGCCAAGGUACUGGCUGAUUAUGGGCUAGAGCGUGUUGAUUUCAUCAAGGAUUUGCGUGAAGCGCUGAGCUUGCUAUCAGAUCAGGAGGAAAUUGAGUUGGUUGAGAAAACGAUGUGCGCCCAGUGUGUCACCUGGAAUUGCAACGAGGAACAGUUGGAUUCGAUUGAGCAGCUUAUUGUUGAUUUCAAGAACAAAUUAUAUUGUAGUAGCACAGCCUUGAUGCUGGACAGUUACAUCUGUAAGGCAAACACUUUGCGCAUCUCGACGAAAAUCAAAUUAACUUUGGGCAAAUACUUUUACGAGCGGGGUCUGGCCAAAUAUCCCACUAAUUCUAACCUCUGGUUGGAUUACAUAGCAUAUAUGUCGAAGCCGUUGGAGUUUAACGACAAAGAGGAGAUCCACUCGGCGAUAAACGAUGGCUAUUUGAGCAGCAAGCCCCUCCAGCUUAUCGAACGCGCUCUGCGUACAAAGCCAACCAUCGAGAUCAAUCACAAGUAUUUGCAACUGAUGGAACAUUAUGAUUUCAGCUUGGAUCGUAUUGAUAAGAAUCUGAACCGACUGUUUGAGCGCAUCAACCAGUUUAUAAAAAUGACCGUUGAGCUGCAUCUCGACUAUUUGGCCUAUCGAGUGCGACAGACCAACGUUGACGAUAAAGAACAGGUGGAUCAAUUGCGCGUCGCAUUCCGUGUGGUUUGGAAUCGUCUCUCCAUACAAUAUGGCGACCAAGCAGACACUAGCUACGAAGUGCUCCAGCUCUGGGCAGCGGUCGAGUAUGCAAAGUUAAAAAGUCCAAGCAAUGGCGCCGCCAUCUGGUCCGAAAUACUGAAUUAUCCGGGCAGCGAUGUUAAGAGCCACUUAUGGCUGGCCUACGCCCAAAUGGAAAGUGAAUUCAAUGGCGGCCAUAAUACAAGCGCCAUACUGCAAAGGCUCUAUUGUCGCUAUCAAGGCCAUCAAAUCUAG